GGUUGGUGGUUGCCUCUUCAUAAGACGGUAUUGGAAGGGCAUCAUAUUCGUAUUUCUCAUCUAUAGCCAUGGCGGACGGAUCGGGACUCUAAGGAGCCGUGCGAGCAGGACAGAAAGGCAGGGAGCGGCGCAGCGGGAUCAUGAUCUGGGGAAAGGAACGGCUAGCAUAGACAUGCUCCCUGAAACGGAACGAUCGAAGUAAAACCAACGGCGAGAACGAGCGAUAAGAAUAAAAAGAUUAAAGCCAACGAUAAAAAGAGAGCGGAUGGCUUCUCGUCGGGGAAGGGUUGAGGAGUGUCGAUUACGGGGAAAGGAUGAGGUGAGGGAGAGCGUUAGCCACUUGGGAUUGGCACUGGCAUUGGCAUUGGCAUCUCCAAACGCUCGCGGGCGAACAACCAGAACUCACGCGUGGCGCAGGCAAUCCACGAACCGACCCACUAGAACGAUCAGGCAGACGAGUUCAGUGGUUUCUGAAAUUCUCAUUCCAUUCCGAGCUUGGGGAUUAUUAAGGGGCAUGAGGCUGUUGACUGGGCGAGGCGACAUGGAAUGGAACUGCAGCCGUCUACAGAGGACGUUAUAUUCACCAUAUACAGCCCCAGUUCAGGCCGCUUAUCAGCAGUUGUUUCAAGGCAAAACCGUGGCUCAACAGGCACUUUCCAUGCCCGGACCCGUCUUCCAGACGCCCUGCGCUGAUGGGUUGGCGGCUCGAUGGCAACGUUUCAGCAUAAAUCACGCAUCAACUUGACUGUUCGUAAUUCCAAUAUAUGCAGAAAUCUG